GUUCCGCUCUUCGCCUUCGUCUUCCAUUCCCGGGUUUUUUUCCCUCAGCAAAAAAAAGAAAAAAAAAAGUGUUCCUCUUUGUCUCCUCCUUCUCCCGCUUUCUCCGAUUUCAUCGGCAUCCUAUGCAGAGCAGGUGAGAGAGCAAAAAUGGAGAUUGAAUUGGAGCCCCGAGUGAAGGCACUGGACUACAAAGUGAAAGCAGUGUCCAGAGAAUCGCCGUCUCAGAAGGCUGCCAAUGUUCUGGAUUCCGAUCUUCGCACUCAUUGGUCCACCGCCACCAAUACUAAGGAGUGGAUUCUUCUCGAGCUUGAUGAACCUUGUCUACUAUCACAUAUUCGCAUCUACAAUAAAUCUGUCCUUGAAUGGGAAAUUGCAGCUGGUUUGCGAUACAAGCCAGAGACAUUUGUGAAAGUUCGAUCGCGUUGUGAAGCACCUCGACGAGACAUGAUCUACCCUAUGAACUACACUCCAUGUCGCUAUGUAAAAAUAUCUUGUCUGCGUGGAAAUCCAAUAGCUGUGUUUUUUGUUCAGCUGAUUGGUGUUCCAGUGGCUGGUUUGGAGCCAGAGUUCCAACCAGUUGUGAAUCACUUGUUGCCACAUAUUAUAUCACACAGGCAAGAUGGUGAUGAUAUGCAUCUUCAGUUGCUUCAAGACAUGACAGUCAGGUUAUUUCCAUUUCUUCCACAACUUGAGACAGAUCUUGUGGGAUUUUCAGAUGCUCCCGAUCUUAACUUGCGUUUUCUCGCAAUGCUUGCUGGUCCAUUCUAUCCAAUACUACACCUUGUGAAUGAGAGAGCAGCAUCGAAGUCUACUGGAAAUGGAACUGAAAUUGAAGCUUCUAAGACUUAUCAGACGUCUUCACCACUGACCGUUUCGUCGAAUUUUGAGCCACAGAAGUCGCGCAGUAUAUUACCUGUGGUCCCAUCUACAUCAAGCUGUAUAGUAUUUCGCCCCGAUGCAAUUUUCAUGCUGUUGAGAAUGGCUUACAAAGAUUCUACAUUUGGUGCUAUAUGCAGAGUGGCUUCUAGAAUACUGCUGAAGCUCGUCGAACCGGUUGCAUUGCAAGAACCUUCAGCAUCCGCUGAUGAAGCGGCUGUUUCCGACGAAUUUUCAAAACCUGGCUCAUCCGAUCCCGUCUACGUAGCUGAUUACUCAAAAUUGUUCGGAGAAGAUUUUGAAGUGCCUGUUGAUAAAUGGGAUUUGAGUUAUCUUAGCAUAUUGGAUAUUGGUGCAGUGGAAGAAGGCAUUUUGCAUAUUCUCUUUGCUUGUGCAUCUCAGCCUACUAUUUGCAAUAAACUCGCAGAGAGGUCUGUUGACUUGUGGCUAGCUUUACCUCUUGUACAGGCACUGCUUCCAGUCCUUCGUCCUCCUUUGAGCAGUCCCUUUGAUGUGGUCAAUGACAUCUUUUCUUUAUGGAAGCGGCCGGUGGUGCAACAGGCUCUCUCUCAGAUUGUAGAAACAUUGUCAUCACCAUUAUACCAUCCACUUCUACAUGCUUGUGCUGGCUAUCUAUCUUCGUUCUCUCAGUCACAUGCUAAGGCUGGAUGUGUUCUGAUUGACUUAUGUUCUUCUGUAUUAGCGCCCUGGAUGCCUCGUGUUAUUGCGAAGGUUGAUCUGGUUAUCGAGCUUCUAGAAGAUCUCUUGGGUGUCAUCCAGAGUGCUCGACAAUCCCUUGAUCAUGCUCGUGCUGCCUUAAAGUAUAUUCUGCUGGCCUUAUCUGGUUAUUUUGACGACGUACUUGGAAGCUACAAGGAAGUAAAACAUAAGAUUCUUUUUCUUGUGGAGAUGCUAGAGCCGUUUCUAGAUCCUGCCAUAUGUGGGUCAAAGACCACCGUAGCUUUUGGAGAUCUUUCCCCUGUUUUUCCUCAAAAGUUGGAAAACAGUUGUCUGGUUGCUCUCAACGUCAUCCGCUCAGCAGUAAAAAAGCCAUCUGUUCUUCCUUCAUUAGAAUUUGAAUGGAUGCGUGGAUCGGUUGCUCCUAGCGUGCUUCUCUCGGUUUUGCAACCUCAUUUGCAGUUACCUCCUGAAGUUGACCUUCGGAAGUCGUCUGCUUCAAAACCUCUCAAUCCGGAUUCUUCUGUCAGUUAUCAUGGAGGAGUCUCUUCAAAAUUAGUUGGCCCAAAUGAUUGUGAGGUGAAGAUAGAUGAUCACGACACAGCCGGAAAAUCUGAUGUCUAUGAAGAUUCUAUCCCUUUUUUUGUCCCUCCGGAAUUGCGGUGUGAGCCUCUGGAAAAUCGUUCUAGUUGCUUGAAUGAAGGUAGCUUAAUAUCCACCCAUAGAAAUGUGAACAUAGAGCCCAAAGAAAUGGUUCGAGGGACCAAUACCAAUCGUUUUAGUGGAGAACUGGUGUUGGAUUUUGGAAGUAAUGUUGAAUACUUCAACUUAGAAGCAGAUUAUCUUCUACUUGUAAACUAUGGGGACUGUGAAGCAAAGGCUUCUGAAUUUUGCCGUUUAGCUCUGGACCUCAGCUCACAAAUUGAGAUAACCUCUGAGGGUCAUGAUGCGGGCAUAGAUGCAUUACUCUUGGCGGCGGAGUGCUAUGUCAAUCCAUAUUUUAUGACAUCUAGCAGAUAUAAUUUGAACCAGAUGAAACAGGUGAAAAGUAGUGAGAACAUGGCGUCGGAAAGUAGCCCAACUUCAGGGCUCACUAGGCUUGCUGGCAAGAGUCAGGCUGACCUGGAAACAAUAGCUCACCUUGAAAGAAAAAGAGACAAGGUCGUUCUUCAAAUUUUACUGGAGGCUGCCGAAUUGGAUAGGAAAUAUCAUCUAAAUUUGUCUGAUUCGGAAUCUUGUCCAUAUAACAGUGAAGGAUUAGAUGAAAAAAUGAUCACGUUGUCGUCCAAUGACAUGCAGUCUGCGGAUGCUGUGACCUUGGUACGACAAAAUCAAGCUCUUCUAUGCACUUUUGUCAUUCGACUCUUACAAAGGAGGCCUAACUCAAUGCAUGAAAUCCUUAUGCAAAGUCUUCUAUUUUUGUUGCACUCAGCCACUAAGCUAUAUUGUUGUCCUGAAGAUGUUACUGAUAUCAUUUUAGGAUCAGCAGAGUUUCUAAAUGGUUUGCUAACAUCUUUGUAUCAUCAAAUCAAAGAUGGAAAUUUACAGUUGGAACCGGAAAUAAUACACGGCACACAGAGACAUUGGAUACUUCUUCAGAAAUUGGUACAUGCAAGUAGUGGGGGUAAUUAUCCAACAGACUUCACAUCGAGUGCCGGUAACGGUAUUUGCUCCGGGAACUUGAUUCCAGCUUCUGCGUGGAUGCAGAGAAUUUCUAAAUUUUCUACUAGCCAAUCUCCUUUGGCUCGAUUUCUUGGUUGGAUGGCAAUAUCUCGUAAUGCAAAACAAUAUACGAUGGACCAUCUUUUUCUUGCAUCAGAUUUACCACAGUUGACAAGUUUGCUGCAUAUAUUUGCUGAUGAGCUUUCUGUAGUAGACAAUAUUUAUAAGAAGCAUGAUGAAUUUAAGAUUGAAGAAACAGAGAACAGAAAUGUUCCUAUGGAGAAUAAAGAAUUUGGAACAGUUGAACAGUAUGGCGGUCAAUCAUUUCACGUUAUUUACCCUGACCUCAGCAAAUUCUUCCCCAAUAUGAGAAAUCACUUUGUAGCUUUUGGAGAAGUCAUAUUAGAGGCUGUUGGGUUGCAACUGAGAUCGCUUUCCUCUAGUGUGCUGCCCGAUAUACUAUGUUGGUUUUCCGACCUUUGUUCUUGGCCAUUUUUCCGCAACGAAGUAACUUCUCAUUCUAGCUCUCAUUUCAUUAAGGGUUAUGUUUCAAAGAAUGCAAAGUGCAUUGUGCUUUAUGUUCUCGAAGCCAUUGUGAGUGAACACAUGGAACCAAUGGUUCCUGAGAUCCCUCGGCUCAUGCAAGUGCUAGUAUCCCUUUGUGGGGCCACUUACUGCGACGUGCCAUUUCUGAACUCUGUGGUGCUUUUGUUAAAGCCACUUAUUUCAUAUUCUUUACAGAAGACAUCUAAUGAUGAAAAGGUAUUGGAUGAUGGUUCAUGUACGAAUUUCGAGUCUCUGUGCUUCAAUGAACUUUUCGAUAACAUCAAGGAGAAUGAGAGCAGAGAUGAAUCUCUUGGAAAAGUUUAUAACAAAGCACUGUCUAUCUUUGUAUUGGCUUCCUUUUUUCCUGAUUUCUCUUUUCGACUUAAGAGGGAAAUAUUGCAAUCCUUAAUUUCUUGGGUCGAUUUUACCUCAUCUCAACCAACUUCAUAUUUCCUAGAUUACCUGUGUUCAUUCCAAAAAGUUAUGGAAAGUUGUAGAGGCUUACUACUUCAGAAUUUACGAGCGUUUGGUGCUAUCCCACUAUAUUUAACCGACCUUGAUGAUAUGGGUUCUGGCGCACUUCUUGAAAAGAGCUCGGAAUCACAUAUAGGGUUUAUCUGUGAUAUUUUCAAGAACCCAGUAUCUAAUAGCAAUUCUGAGAAGUUAGAGAGUAAGAAUGAGGGCAAUAGUACAGAAAUGUUAGCUGAAUUAUCUGUGGAGGAAAUAGGAGAAUUUCAUAGAGAUUUAGGGGCCCUUAUUUCCAAGCUUUUUUCCGCUAUUGAGCACUGUUGGAAUCUUCAUCACCAACUGGCUAAAAAUUUGAUUGCGACAAUGGCGGAGUGUUUAGUUUACUCACAAUGCCUAUCCUCAAUAGUUCAGAAUACUUCCAAUGCUGAAAAGGAAGAGGGCGAAAAUGCUACACAAUCUAGAACGAGCAGUCAAUUACUGGUUUAUUUGAGAGCCGGUCUUAAAGGAUUGGCCGAAACCGCCAUAAUGCUUGAAGAAGUAAGUUGCUGGGAAGCUGCAUCUGUGAUUAUUGAUUGCCUGCUUGGUCUGCCUCGUAAUUUACACUUGGAAAACAUUGGUUCUACUAUUUGUUCCGCACUCAAGAACGUUUCUUGCAACGCCCCAAGGCUCACUUGGCGGCUGCAAACUCAAAAAUGGUUGUCAUCAUUACUUGGAAGAGGCGUCUCCACCGGUAAUGGAGAUGAGGUUGCUCUAGUCGAUAUGUUUUGCACAAUGCUGGGACAUCCUGAACCCGAGCAGAGAUACAUAGCGCUUCAGCAGUUGGGUAAUUUGGUUGGCAUAGAAGUCUUUGAUGGCACUGAUACACAACAAUAUCCACAAAUUAGUAGUAGUUUCACUUCAACUGGCUUGGAGGAAUGUGUUUCUGAGUCUGUACUCUCUCAUCUCGUUUCACAUAUAUGGGAUCAGGUGGCUUCUUUGGCAGCAUCCGACUCGUCAUUAUAUUUGAGGACUCGUGCAAUGGCACUUCUUAUAGCCUAUAUCCCAUAUGUUGGUCGGCACCGGUUACAAUCCUUGCUAGCAUCUGCAGAUAGUAUUCAUGGCACCAAGGUUUUACAUCCAGCAUCUGAGGGCCCAUUGCUACAGCUUUCACUGGCACUAAUUUCCUCCGCUUGCCUCCAUUCUCCGGUCGAAGACGUUUUUUUGAUUCCUGAAAGUGUUUGGAGAAAUAUUGAGGCUUUGGGGUCAUCAAAGACUGAUGGCCGACUUGGAGAAUUGGAGAGGAAGGCCUGCCAAGUCUUAUGUCGAUUGAGAAACGAAGGGGACGGAGCCAAAGAGGUCCUAAAAGAAGUGCUCUCUUCAAGUUCUCCAAAGCAAUUUAACGAAGAGUUUCUAAGCAUUCGGGAGUCGAUUCUGCAGGUUCUUUCUAAUAUGACUUCAGUUCAGUCAUAUUUCGACGUAUUCUCUCAAAAGAAGGACCAAGAAGCAAUGGAACUAGAGGAGGCUGAACUGGAACUCAACAUCUGCCAAAAGGAGCUCAGACUUCCUGAUUUGUCGAAAGAUUCUAACAAUUUUCUGGGAAUCACUUCAGCUGAUUCGCGUCUUCAGCAGAUCAAAAACUCUAUUUGUUCCAUAGAGAAAUCAAAACUCCAAGAAGAAAUAGCAGCUCGUCGGCAGAAACGACUUCUUAUGAGACAGGCGCGACACAAAUAUCUAGAAGAUGCUGCAUUACAUGAAGCUGAGCUUUUGCAAGAACUUGAUAGGGAGAGAACAAUUGAAAUGGAAAAGGAAAUUGAAAGACAGCGUUUGCUGGAGCUUGAGCGUGCAAAAACCAGGGAGCUGCGCUAUAAUCUCGAUAUGGAGAAGGAGAGGCAAAUGCAGAGGGAGCUUCAGCGCGAACUGGAGCAGGCGGAAUCAGGACCACGACCAUCGAGACGCGAAUUCUCUUCCUCUUCCCAUAGUAGUCGACCUCGGGAUAGAUAUCGCGAACGAGACAAUGGCAGACCCAGCAAUGAAGGGAAUCCCAGAACAAGUGCCAGUGGCCUACAGCCCGAAACUUCUACUACCACCAGUUCCUCCAUGUCAGGGGUACCGACCAUUGUGCUUUCCGGGGCGAGGCAAUAUUCAGGACAGUUGCCUACGAUCCUACAAUCUCGUGAGCGUCCAGACGAAUGCGGUAGUAGUUACGAAGAAAAUGUAGACGGGAGCAGAGAUUCCGGUGACACUGGAAGUGUUGGUGAUCCAGAAUUAGUUUCAAUAUUUGAUGGACAUUCAGCUCCACUUGGGUCUGCUCAAAGGCAUGGAUCUAGAGGCAGCAAGUCAAGGCAAGUAAUAGAAAGAAGGGAAAGGGAUGGUGGCAGACGUGAAGGCAAGUGGGAAAGAAAACAUUCAUGACCAACGGCUUGAGAUUAGUAGAUCGACUAUCAACGGUGUUUCGAGGCAGCGGGCUGCUGGAUCUCUACAGUUUAAUGACGUGGCAGUCGGAGCGUUCCACAGGUUCGUUUCUAAUAGCUCGCCAUACAUAAUUGUAAACUUCAAUGCUGUUGUAUAUUUUAUGUUUCAAGAACUAUUCUAAGUUUUUACCAUCUGUACUGUGGGGCGAAUUCAAGUUUAUAGAUUAGGAUGUUAAAAGAGGAUCUAUUUCAGGCGAUCAAUCUAGACUAACUAGAUUGAGUUGAACUAGACAGAUCCUCAUUCUUAAUAGAGCGGGUGGGGCUCGUGUUUGGCAGGAGUAAGCUAUUGUCGUGCGUGAACUAUCAAUGGAAGGAGAACGAGAGUGUCGAUGGAACAUCAUUUCUUGAGGACUGCUCUAUUCAUUGUCCAGAAGCUCUCAUCAUAUGUGGCAUAAAUCAUCACGUGGGAUCAAGAUGGAAAGCUUCCUUGCUGCAAGAUUUUAGGAGAUCUCGAUCAGAGAUUUUAAUUCGAGUGAAGACUAGUUAUUUUGCCCUCGAACAGAACCAUAAUAUGUUGUUCAAAUUAGUACAGUUCUAGAAUUUGGGAUGAAAUCAAUAAUUGAAUUUGAAUCUGUUUUUCCAAGGAA